UGCAGUAACUGGAAAGAAAAACACCACAAAAUCUUUUCAGUUUCGCAAAAUGUUGUUUAGUUUUUUUCACAUAUUGUGCGCUGUGUGUUUUUUUGUUACCGUGAACGGCGAUUUUGCGUCGGUCAAAUUGCAGUCUAAUGGAUACGAUGGCGUUUUGGUUGCAAUUAAUCCAGCAGUGCCAGAAAAUGAAACUUUGAUCAGAAAUAUACGGGCAAGAUUUUUUCACUCGAGCAUCGCACAGUUUGUUCAUAUUAACAAAGAAACGGGCCUACUUUCGUAAUAUUAAUAUACUUGUACCGAAAACGUGGACUGGCGCGAGGUAUGAUACAGCAAUUGGACUGUCUUACAGAAAGGCAGAUGUGAUAGUCGCACCGGCUAAUUCAGCAAAGGGAAACAAUCCAUAUACUCGCCAAACAGGCGGAUGCGGCGACCCUGGGACGUACAUUCACAUUACACCUGAGUAUGUGUACAAUCCGCAAGAACAUCUAUAUGGACCACGAGAGAAGGCAAUUGUGCACGAAUGGUCUCAUUUACGGUGGGGCGUGUUUGACGAAUACGCGACCGGGAACCAUAAACGACACUACAUAGAUUCGAACAACAUUCUCCAAGCAACCAGAUGCCCGUUGAGUUUGAGGGGAAUGAAUAUCGAAUACGCUCCACCAUACAAUACAAGGUGUGCUGUCAACCGUAGCAGUCUGCUUCCACUAACAGAAAACUGCUAUUUUUUUCCUGCAAGUCGCCAGCCGAGGGGGCUUAACUCUUCAAUGAUGUCAUUCAGCUAUUUACAUUCGGUUGAAGCAUUUUGUCAUAACGAUCCCAACGAACCAAUCAACUUUCACAACAGCGAGGCGGACAAUGAACAAAACGCUAAAUGCAAUUUGAAAAGCUUAUGGGAAGUUAUAGGUGCUUCUCCUGACUUCCGUGAAGGGGCUAACCCACCGAACCCAAACUUGAGAAAUCUUACCCCAACUUUUCGUGUUGUAAAACCCCCUCAAAACAGACGUUUUGUUGUCGUUCUUGACGUUUCCGGCAGCAUGCGUGGAAAACGAUUGCUUAUGAUGAGACAAAGCACUUCAGAGUUUAUAAGCUCUUUACUUUCGGAUGGAGACAAAAUUGGAAUCGUACAGUUUCAUUCUUUCGCUCAGACCCUUUUACCAAUCAGACACGUAAACUCCCAAACAGAUCGCUUUGAUAUCUGCUCACGUUUUCCGAACAGAACUGGCGGCUCAACUUGUAUUGGAUGUGGCAUACAAGCCGCUAUGCAAGAAAUGGAACGUGAUGAUCCAACUGAACCAUGUGGACACAUUGUAGUGCUGACAGAUGGUAUGGAGAACAGGUCGCCUUAUACAGUUGAUGUCUCUUCACGAGCGGUGAACAGGGGUUGCACAAUAGAUGCCAUUUUCCUUACAACAACACAAAAUACUGCGUUGGUUCAGCUGGUUAACCGCACCAGCGGUCGAUGGUUUUUUGCACAAGAUAGAGACCUGAGACGACUGACAGGCGCAUUUGCAGUAAUUGCUGAUGAAGAUGGCGAUAUCAGAAACCUAGUAUCAACGAUCUUAUACAGGCAACACAACUUAUCCGCUGAACAAAACGCCAAUGGAACGGUCGAAAUUGACAAAACUGUUGGGCUUAAUACUACUUUUAGAUUUUCCUAUCAAAUUAAACCACCAUCAAUACAAUUAACGGAUGCGAGGGGCUGUAUCUACCUAUCACUGCCUAUUGGUGUAUCUGGUACUUGUGAAGGUCAUCCACUUGCUCAAACAGACAAAUCGUUAAAAUUUAUUCAAUUUGUUAUUCCUGGAAAAGCAACGGUUGGAACUUGGAAAUACGCCAUCAAUUCUAAAUACAAGGAUACCGUCAGUUUGUCAGUUACGUCAAGAACUCUAGAAAAUGUCCAGCCAAUUGUAGUUCGAACCUCAACACGCUCGACUUCAACACGAAUAGCUGGACCUAUUGUUAUUGAAGCUACGGUAACACAUGGAGACCCGGGACCUCCUUUACUUUAUUUGUCUGUGGUUGCUGUCAUUGAAAAACCAGACUACACUGAAGAGCGACUUAUCUUAUUGGAUAACGGUGCAGGAGCAGAUAACACGAUAAAUGAUGGCGUAUAUUCAAGAACCUUUAUUGGGUUUCGAGAAAGAGGACGCUACAGUAUACAGGUCGAAGUAAACGGUUCAAUGAUUUCGACCGGUUCAAAAACGUUUGGUUCUCCAGUUGCAUUAAUAUUUGGAAUACUUCAAAACAACGGCACUGUAACCGGUAACCGUGAGGCUGGGGAAUCUUUAUCAAACGAAUCAAAUGAACGCGGGGUUUUCACUAGAGUUCAAACGGGCACUGGAAUCGAAUUUAUCGGACCUGUAACUACUGCCCCAUCUGUUCGUCCUGAUGAUUUGGCACCAAAUCGUAUCAAUGACCUCACAGCGGUUCACGUUGACCCCAAUGACCGAAACAGUGGGAUCAGAUUGUCUUUCACAGCACCAGGCGACGAUGCAGAUUCAGGAACAGCCACAUCGUACAACGUAUGUUAUACUUUGGGGAAUCCAAACAACCUUUCAACAAAUUUUGAGGAAAACAUUUGCCCAGUAACUUCAAUUCAACCGCAAAUAGCAAAUACCAGAGAAACCUUUACUAUUCCUUCACCAAACAUAACGGGCAUGACAGGUUCUAUAAGAAUUGCCAUAGCAAUAAUAGCGAGCGAUGAGGUACCAAACAAUUCUUCGGUGUCCAACAUUGUUAUACUACGUUUUUUCAUACAACCUCCGAUACCAAAAUGUCCGGAUCCACCAACUCAAUCAGAAAACAGUAAUCGUCCAACGUUUAGCAGCACACGUAUUGUAGUUGCCGGUAGCAGCUAUUACAACAAUGGUACAACAGCAACAUAUAGAUGUAAACCCGGAUAUGUUAUGGCCCAAAGAUCUCAAAGCACUUUAAUCUGCAACUUUGGGCGUUGGUCACCAAGUACUCCACCUGUUUGCAUUUCGGAAUGUCCUGAUCCACCAACUCAAUCACCAAACAGUAAUCGUCCAACGUUUAGCAGCACACGUAUUGUAGUUGCCGGUAGCAGCUAUUACAACAAUGGUACAACAGCAACGUAUAGAUGUAAACCCGGAUAUGUUAUGGCCCAAGGAUCUCAAAGUACUUUAAUCUGCAACUUUGGGCGUUGGUCACCAAGUACUCCACCUGUUUGCACUUCGGAUUGCAAUGGCAUGGACCGAUCUUCUAGAUCACAAGGAACAGUAAUGUGCAAACGAUGCAACGGUAGAAGAAGUUUGUCGGAAUGUAACCGCUUGUCUACCCUACAACGCUGGUAG